AUGGAAAUUCCAUUUGAAUUCGAGUCGAGGAGAUCUGUUGUAGUUUGUAGAAAUGGCUGCGUCGCAUCCAGCAAUCCUUUGGCUUCUCAAGUUGGGUUAGAUAUUUUAAAGGCUGGUGGAAAUGCAGCUGAUGCUGCUGUUGCUGUAGCUGCUUCCCUGGCUGUGAUGGAGCCAACAUCAACUGGAAUGGGUGGUGAUGCUUUCUGUAUGUUCUAUAACGACUCCUCUAAGACAGUGAAAGGUCUCAAUGGAAGUGGCAGAUCCUCAGCAGCAGCAACCAUUGACAGACUGAAAGCAGAAGGAUAUGAUGAAAGCCACCAUUACUCCCUGAUACAUGGACAUUCUGUCACAGUCCCUGGGGCUCCGGCUGCAUGGGUGGACACUGUCACACAGUUUGGGAGUGGACAGCUUUCACUGUCUGAAAUACUGAGACCAGCUACAGAGCUAGCAGAAGUGGGGUUUCCGGUUCAAGAACUGACUGCAGCAUUUUGGGCACGAGGGGUACCAGGUCUGCAAAGAAAAGACAAUAUUCAUGGCUGUGACUUGUUAUUGAAUGGACAAGCUCCCCGUAAUGGAGACAUUAUGAGAAAUCCUCAUUUGGCCAAAACUUUGAAGGAACUUGCCAUCCAUGGAAAGAAAGGUUUCUACCAGGGCAGAAUUGCCAAAGCAGUGGCAGAUGUUGUGCAUCAGCAUGGUGGCUUGAUCAGCUACGAGGACAUGGUAGCACAUGAAUCUACAUUUGACGAACCCAUGAGUAUAGAUUACAAAGGCUGUCGCAUCUGGGAGCUCCCUCCAAAUGGCCAGGGAAUAGCUGCAUUAUUGGCACUGAAUAUUUUGGAGGAUAUUGAUUUGAAAUCCAUGGGGCACAACUCUGCAGAAUACCUUCACCAUUUGAUAGAAAGUCUUCGGCUGGCAUUUGCUGAUACAAUGGAGUAUUGUGCUGAUCCACGUCUGGUUGAUAUUCCCAUCAGCAGACUUCUUUCUAAGGAUUAUGCGGCUAAACAAAGGCAGCGUAUUUCAACUGACAGAGUCAUACCAGCUUCAAGCCUGCGUACAAGUGGUCUUGACAUUCCUGUGGGAAAUGAUACUGUUUAUUUCACAACAGCUGACAAGGAUGGAAAUGCUUGCUCCUUUAUCAACAGUAAUUUCAUUGGCUUUGGGACUGCCAUAGUGCCAGAGGGAUGUGGGUUUAGCUUGCAGUGUCGAGGUCAUGGCUUUUCCUUAAACACUAACCAUAGGAACGUGCUGGCACCAAGAAAGCGACCAUUCCAUACUAUCAUCCCAUCCAUGGUCACGACUGCAGACACAA